AUGGAGUCGAGCACCACGACCUACAAGCGACGGCGACCGGCUACAGCAUGAUGUGCAUCGCCCUGGGCGCUUUCGUCUGCCCCAGUCUCAAUGCUGCGGCUGACGGUCUUCCUGAACAGCGACAAGAGGGCAGCAGUUUGCGAGAACAAGCAAUACAAUGGGUCGCCUACGGGAAGCAGUGGCUGGCACGAAAGAUGAUGGCAGGGUCCCGAGCAGACACCAAUACUGCACAAGUUGUGUGUCUCCUGGCGUUGUCCCGGCACACAGGCCCGAUCCAGACGGCCUCGAUCGGCUCGCUGUGGUCUCCUGGGGACCAUGACCUGACCCGAGUUGCGAUGCAGAUGGGAUUGCACCGGGACCCUACCAUAGUCGAUGCAGAUAUGCCGGCCCGAGAGGUCGAGCUCCGUCGGCGGUUAUGGGCUACGAUGCUGGAGUUGUCCCUGCAGCUGUCCCUUGACAACGGCCUCCCUGCCCCAAUCUCUCCAGAAAGCUACGAUUGCGCGCCGCCGUCCGAAUUCACAGACGACGAGGCUACCGAUGCCGACGCUGAUCCGGUAUCAUGCGCCUCCCUCACGAGCUUUCUCUUGGACUACGGUUUGCCGAGGACGAACCCAUUGGUCAUUCUGGCACGAACUCAGCGCCUACGGCUCCAGAUCUUACACGUGGUGCAUUCUCCUGGUGCUGCCAAGGCCUUUGAAGAUAAACACCGGCUUUCGGCCGAGUUGAGGGCUGUCUACUCUGCAGAGAUUCAGCGGUUCUUGUCUUUGCAAAAGUCGGCCUCAGUCUUUCAACUCAAGCUGUUGGACGCCUUCACGCUGCCAUUUGUGCUUGCACCACACGCCAAAUUCGCUGCCUCCUCCACAACCAACCCGGCGUACUACUUUUCUCGCAAAGUGCGGAUGGAGGUCUCGCUGCUGCUUUUGGCCAGCCAACUGCCCGGACCAAAGGCACCGGACAAUGGGCUUGGCGAACUCAUCCCUGACGCUGUCAGCAUGACCGCCUUGGCCACCGGAACCACCAUAUCAACAGGCGCCUCGGCCGCAUCCGCCGGUCCAGAUGCGUUAACGGCUCUUCGGAUACACUGCCAAGGACAUCUAGCAACGUUGCAGUGGCAUGCUAUUUUAGCCCUCUGUCUCGACAUGAUCAGCGAGCUCGAGGAUAGCUUUUUCCCUGCCAUCAACGGUGCAAGCUGGCGGCAGCUCCAAGAGACGAUCCAGACGUACGUCACAGUCCUCGAGCAACGGGUGCGAACCUCGGCAGGGGCCGUAUCGGCACGCGAGUUCCUUUUCUGCUCUUGUGCAGAAGCAUACAUUGGCGCGAUGAUGAGGGGGGACAGGGAGGUGGACCAGGUUAUUGCAUCGGCUGGCUAUUCCGCGCUGACGCUGUGUUGUGAGAUCAUGGAGCAGGGGUUACACCAGCGGUGCACGGUUGUUUAG